UAAUAAAAAAUCUUCAUCAUCAUCAUCCAAUCCCUGAUACAUUUCCUCAUCCUCUUUAAUUAACCCUAUUAACACUUUCAAAAAAUAAACCUAUUAACAGGGAAAAAAAAACUCAUCAUCAUCAUCCAAUUCCCUACCCUACCCUGCAUCCUCAGUCGCAACCCAACCUCAACCUCCACCCCACCCGCAACCUCACCUCCCCACUCGCAACCUCAACCCGACCCCUAACCCCAACCUUAACCUCAACCCCACCGCCACCAUACCCACCUAAAUCCUGUUCUGAUUUUCGUUUGGUGUGGAUUUGGGGUUUUUUAGGGUCACCAUGCUUCUUUCUUCCUCUAUGAAGUACCACCACCAUCACCAUGCUUCUUUCUUUCUCUCCAAAUGGCAGCCACGAUGCAAACAAAGAAGAAUGAAUUGUCACUGCCACCAUCCUCUCUUCUCGAUUUCGGCAUGCUCCGGUCUCUGUCCGCAGCAAGUCCACCACCAUUGGGGUCUUGGUGAGUUCCACAACAAAACCCAUGGUUCAGAUCCUCGUUUCGUCGCCAUCGACCGCCACAACCGCUACUUUCAGGGGCAUUUUCCGGCCAAAUCCGGCCACCAAUGGGAAAACGAGUUGGGCCACGAUGAUCCUUGCCACAAGGAGAACAAAAUCCCUCAAUCAAUUUCUGUUUUGGACCACCUUUACCGUUGUGCACCACCGUGCCGUCGCCGCCGUCGCCACGCCGCUAACUCUCUCGCUUCCAAACAACCAUUGAUUCUCCAUAGAAUCACGAUUGCUCCUUCUUCUUAGGUUAUUGGGUCCUGUUUGGAUCUGGGUGAUUCCCAUUCCCAUUUCACACUUCUUGAUUUAGGAUUUGAGCAUCGAUGUGGCUGGGUAAAUUGGGUGUAUUGUGGGUGCUUCUUGCUGGUUUUGUGUAAUCUAUUAUUUUGUUUUUCUGGUGCGUUUUUGCCCAUGAACUUGCUCCUUCUCUCCUUUUCUUUCUACACUUUAGCUUUGUUUCCUCUUUAGUGGUAAUGACUUUGUUUGGUCCAUGAAUAUUUACUAAAAAAAGAAGCAUGGUGAUGGUGUGGUGAAGAUGAUGAAGAGGAGGAAGAUAAAGAAGAUGAAGGAUGAUGAAGAUGAACUUAAAUUAGGGAUUUUAUUAAGCUUUUUUUUUCUCCUUAAAUAAAUGAGAUGAGUUGGAAUUAAAAAAUAAAUUUUAAUAAUUUUUCUAAUUUAAAAAAAAUAAAAAAGCCACGUGGAAUUGCCGACUAGGCCAAAAUUGAAGGCUGACAACAUUUGGCCUUAAUUGAAUUAAAAAAAAAAUUAUAGGGACCCAAUUUGAUGCGAAAUUUUUCUAGGCCCUGAAUUUGAUUCCUUUUACCAUUACAGAGGCCUUCUAAUGUAUUAAGCCAUAUAUAUAUAUAUAUUUCAUUUUAUACCUUCUAUGCAAGUCAAAUCAUUUUAUUUUAUACUAAAUGUAAUAUAUUAUGAUUCAUUCAUGUUUCAUUUUAUUCUAUAUUUUAUUUCUAUCAAUUCACUUCAUAUUUCUCUUCUCAUUCUCGAUUUCUCUUACCGUGUGAGUUUUAAGUGUGGAUGAAACUAAUUGAUAUGAAUUUAUUAUACAAUAUACAAUUAUCCCAUUUGUUUUUCAUCACUAUAAAACAACUAUGGAGCAUACAAUGAAACAAAGCACGCGUAACUGGCAAUCAAUGUAUUCACGCCACAUCAUCAUUAACUUCCAUAACGAAUUUACAGACUCAACAAACUUUGGUUUCUUCUUCUCAAUUCUCAUUCAUUCUUUUCCCUUCAAUUCACUUUGUUCUUAUCUGAAUCACUCCGAAACCUGCGAAUUCGAUCCAAGGAACCGCUUGAGAGAUGUCGACUCUGGAGGAGGAGGAGAAUUCAACGCCAAAGAUACAUGUACAGACUCCGCCAAUGGCCCCCGCCGGCGACUGCCACCGGCGGAGUGGGUGGAGGAGGGAGGACUUGGUGAAGAGAGGGUCAUUGGGGUUGCGAGGGAUCGCCCUGCUUUUCUCUCUGAUCUCGUUCAUUGCCAUGGCUAGCAACCAGCACGGUGAUUGGAGAGAAUUUGAUAAAUAUGAAGAGUACAGGUAUUUGCUGGCUAUUGCGAUUUUGUCCUGUCUGUACACUGGAGCUCAAGUGUUCCGUCAAGUUCAUGAACUUUCUACAGGAAAACAACUGAUUCAGCCCAGAAUGGCAGCAAUGAUUGAUUUUAUUGGUGAUCAGGUUUGGCAUUGCAUUCAUUCCUUUCUUCUGAUCACAUUGAUUUUAAUGAUGCUAUAUUUUUUUAACCCAAAUCUGGAGUGAAUUUUCAGUAGUUCAUUAGGACUGCAUCCUCUAAGAACUACCUAUUUUUACAUUUCAAAAAUUUAAGAGGGAAAAAAAACUUCACAGUAAAUAACUGCUGCUAUAUUUGUAAAGGGUACAAUUCCGAAAAGGGUACACACUAUAGAAGCAUCUAGUGAGGGAGUCAUGAACUAAAUUCAGGUUGUUGAGGUUGAAUUCAAUUCCGAAAAACCACCAUGUAUUUCUUUGAGUGUAAGGAGUUUAGUUUGGGAGCGAAUCUUGGCGCAACGGUAUAGCAACAAAAGCAGAAUACCAUUCACAAACUCAGAGCUUUUCCUCAGAAAUGUUACCAUGCAAACCUGAAAUGCAUAGCAAUUCAAUUCCUGGGUCUCAUUAUUCCAACUCCACGAAUGCACCUCAGUCUGUUAGAGAACAAAGGAGAUCAGAAGACGGGUUCAACUGGAGAAAAUAUGGACAAAAACAAGUAAAAGGAAGUGAAAAUCCGCGCAGUUACUACAAAUGCACGCAUCCAAGUUGCUCGAUGAGGAAGAAAGUUGAGAGGUCGUUGGAUGGAGAAAUUACUGAAAUAGUAUAUAAGGGAAGUCAUAACCACCCCAAGCCCCAGUCUACGAGAAGAACAAGCUCUCAACAAUUUCAUCAACCCUCUUCAUCAUGCACCAACUCAGUGAUUUCUGAUAUUCAAGAAGAUUCUUCAGCAUCUGUGGGAGAGGAAGACUUUGCGGCGCAAACAUCACAAACCAGUUAUUCUGGAGGAAAUGAUGAUGACCUUGGACCAGAGGCCAAAAGAUGGAAGGGAGAAAAUGAAAAUGAUUGCUAUUCUGCCUCAGAGAGCAGAACUGUCAAGGAACCUAGAGUUGUAGUUCAAACUAGAAGUGAAAUUGAUAUACUUGAUGAUGGCUAUAGGUGGAGGAAAUAUGGACAGAAAGUAGUUAAGGGAAACCCAAAUGCAAGGAGCUAUUACAAAUGUACAGCCCCAGGUUGUUCAGUGAGAAAACACGUUGAGAGAGCCGCACAUGAUAUCAAAUCUGUUAUCACAACUUAUGAAGGGAAGCACAACCAUGAUGUACCUGCUGCACGCGGUAGUGCAGGUUAUAACAUGAACAGAAAUUCUAUGAACAGCACUGUAUCAGCACCUAUAAAGCCCUCAGUGGUGAACCGUUAUAAUAGUGCAUCAAGUGUCACAAAUUCAGUUCAUAAUAAGACUAGGCUUCCAGAAUAUGGAAAUCAAGAAUUAGCACUGAACAUGUUGCAGAGUGCUGGAAGCUUUGGGAGGGAUAGCUCAUUCCUUCAGUCAUUUCUAUCAAAGGGUUUCUAAAUUUGGGACCACAACUUUAUAGUUUGUAUUGGAUAUGUUUUUGUAAAGAAUGUAGGAUUUUAGUUAUGCAUAGCAGAAUAGAACCAAAGAAUCAUGAAUGGUUACUUGGCACUACAGCCAUAGAUUUAGAAAAUAUAGCUGCAAGCCUGCAAUGAAUGUUGUCAAGCAGAUACAAAGAAUGAAUUGACUGAUGAAUACUGUUAUUCUUUUGUUGUAUUUAAUGGAAGGAAAGGUUUCUUUGGAUUUUGAAAGUCUUU